AUGGCCCGGGCCCGCGGCCAGGCCCUGGGGAGCGGCGGGCGGCGGCGGCCGCGGCGGGGCGGCGCGGGAACCGGGCCCCGGGGGGAGUCGGCCGGGCUGCUGCUGCUGCUGCUCCAGGUGCUGCCGCCCGGGGCUGCGGCAGGGCCGGGGCGCCGGGGCAAGCGGGGCGCUGGCGGCGGCGGCGUCUGCUGGCCCGGCGCUGCCCCAGCCUUUCCCCGGGACGCGCGGUUGCUGCUGCUCCUGCCUCCCCUGCCGCCGCUGUCGCCUCCACCGCCGCCGCCGAGCUCCGCGCCCGCAGCCUCCGCCUCCCGGAUGGACGCUCUGCCCCGCGGCGGGCUGAACCUGAAGGAAGAGCCGCUACUGCCUGCAGGCCUGGGUUCGGUGCGCUCCUGGAUGCAGGGCGCAGGCAUCCUGGACGCCAGCACCGCGGCGCAGAGUGGCGUGGGCCUGGCACGAGCACAUUUUGAGAAGCAGCCUCCCUCCAACCUCAGGAAAUCCAACUUCUUCCACUUCGUGCUGGCCAUGUAUGACCGGCAGGGGCAGCCCGUGGAGGUGGAGCGCACGGCCUUCAUCGACUUCGUGGAAAAGGACCGAGAACCUGGGGCUGAAAAGACCAACAACGGGAUCCAUUACCGCCUCCGGCUGGUGUAUAACAACGGACUUCGGACAGAGCAGGACCUAUAUGUGCGUCUCAUUGACUCCAUGUCCAAGCAGGCCAUCAUCUAUGAGGGGCAGGACAAAAACCCGGAGAUGUGCCGCGUGCUGCUCACCCACGAGAUCAUGUGCAGCCGGUGCUGUGACCGGAAGAGCUGUGGCAACCGGAAUGAGACACCCUCAGACCCCGUCAUUAUUGACAGGUUCUUCCUCAAGUUCUUCCUCAAAUGCAACCAGAACUGCCUAAAGAACGCAGGGAAUCCCCGAGACAUGCGUCGCUUCCAGGUGGUGGUGUCCACGACCGUGAGCGUGGACGGACACGUGCUGGCCGUGUCUGACAACAUGUUUGUGCACAACAACUCCAAGCACGGCCGCAGGGCGCGCCGCCUGGACCCCUCCGAAGCUGCCACCCCCUGCAUAAAGGCCAUCAGCCCGGGGGAGGGCUGGACCACGGGCGGCGCCACCGUCAUUGUCAUCGGCGACAACUUCUUCGACGGGUUGCAGGUCGUGUUCGGGAACGUGCUCGUGUGGAGUGAGCUCAUCACGCCCCACGCCAUUCGGGUGCAGACGCCCCCGCGGCACAUUCCCGGGGUGGUGGAGGUGACCCUGUCCUACAAGUCCAAGCAGUUUUGCAAGGGAGCCCCCGGCCGCUUUGUCUACACAGCCCUGAAUGAACCCACCAUUGACUACGGGUUCCAGAGGCUACAGAAGGUCAUCCCCAGACACCCCGGAGACCCCGAGCGGCUGCCCAAGGAAGUGCUGUUGAAGCGGGCGGCCGACUUGGCGGAGGCCCUGUACGGAGUGCCCAGCAGUAACCAGGAGCUGCUCCUGAAGCGCGCGGCGGACGUGGCCGAGGCUCUGUACAGCGCCCCCCGAGCGCCCGCGCCCCUCGGGCCCCUGGCCCCCAGCCACCCCCACCCCGCCGUCGUGGGCAUCAACGCCUUCAGCAGCCCGCUGGCCAUCGCCGUCGGGGAAGCCACGCCGGGCCCGGAGCCGGGCUAUGCGCGCAGCUGCAGCAGCGCGUCCCCCCGCGGGUUCGCGCCCAGCCCCGGCUCGCAGCAGAGCAGCUACGGCAGCGGCCUCGGAGCUGGCCUCGGCGCCUACGGGGCGCCGGGAGUGGCUGGCCUCGGCGUGCCCGGCUCCCCGAGCUUCCUCAAUGGCUCCACGGCCACCUCACCCUUCACCAUCAUGCCCUCUAGCCCCCCGCUGGCUGCUGCCUCCUCCAUGUCCCUCCCGGCGGCUGCCCCCACCACCAGCGUCUUCUCCUUCUCACCUGUCAACAUGAUCUCCGCUGUCAAACAGAGGAGCGCCUUUGCCCCCGUGCUGCGCCCACCAAGCUCCCCAACCCAGGCUUGCCCCAGAGCCCACGGAGAGGGGCUUCCAGACCAGCCUUUUGAGGAUUCUGAGAAGUUCCAUUCUCCAGCCCGGGGGCUUCAGGGCCUGGCGUACUCCUAA